AUGCCCAGACCUAGCAAGGCUUCAGACCUCUGGUUGACUCCGUCGGCACCUCCCAUUCGGCUUGAUCUUGAUGACAAGCACCGCGGCCAUUGUCCGGGGCCAUCUGGCGGUGAACAAAAACCUCGUUUGACCACCGUUUGCGAUAAAAGCGGGCCAUUCGGGCAGUGGAGCCCCGUCCUCCGGUGCCGUGCCUUCUCCUGUCGGUCGACUCGCGACUCUGACCCCUUUCCCCUGUGCUGGGUACCUCGAAGGAAGGUACGGGAGUACAUCGUAUGCUUACCUAAGACAAGUGGGUGCCUUCAGGAGAUGCCCAAGGCCUACGAGGCGAGGACCUUCCUAGCAGGGACUCCAGGGAGCAGAACAAGCGUAGCAAAGUUGACGGGAGCUGUCACCGUCAGACCAGGAGCGAACCGUCUUCCCGCUAGCCCAACCACCCCUCCCUCCGCUAGGUCUCUCCAACCCAACCCGUUUUCCCAUCGAUUUUCUCAUGACACUCGUUCAAUUCGAUGCCCAACCCUAUGGAAGCCCAGGAACGGAAGAAAAUACCACGUCUUUGAGCCCAACGGCGAUACGACGAUGAUGGCGACCAAGUAG